AUGUUAUUAGAUCACUUAUACAAGAUCCUUUUCUUUCAAUGUUUUUCUCAAGAUUUAAUGGGUGUUGAUGGUCGUAGUUUAAUUGUAGGUGCACAACUUGUAUUUAAUUUGCUUACAUUGGCAUGCUAUGUAUUAAUGUUUUUUAAAUUAAUUUAUGAUCAGAAGACUGGAAAAAGUAAAUUUUGUUAA